AUAUAUGAAUGUCUUGUUUAAUUAUAUUGAUAUAAUAACUUGUUUAAAACUGUCUAAAAAUUGUUAAUCUUUGAUAGAAUAGCCUGAUUCUACCGCAGAUUAUAUUCAGACUUAUUCAUUAAAGUCUUAUGUAAUUAGGCUUUGUAUUUAGGGACACUCAAUUAAGAACGUCAGUGUGGAAAUGACAGAGAUAAGUGAUGCAGAAGAUGUUCCCAAAGCCAUUCAUGGAACUACAUUUAAAGCCUGGCAGUCCAUUAGGACCCAAGGGUUGAGUAGGAUGAACCGUCAGCAUAUUCACAUGUCUGCUGGAGAACCUGGAGACGAAGGGGUUAUCUCAGGUAUGCGGCAUCAAUCUCAGAUCUUCAUUUACAUUGAUGUCAAGAUGUGUCUGGAGGCAGGAUUAAAAUUCUACCGGUCCAGCAACAAUGUGAUCCUAUCCCCUGGAGAUCAGGAGGGUUUCAUUAAACCUCAAUUCUUUGCAGCUGUAAAGGAUACAAAAUUAAAUAAAAUGUUACUUUAAACUGGUGGCAUAUGAACCAUUAACAAUACUUUUCAGAAAAAAGUUCAGAAGUAAAUGCAAUUUAUGAUGCGAUAAAGUGACAUAAUGUUAUGAAAUCUUCUUAAUGCAUACAAUUUAUGAUCUAAAAACUGAUACAAAUGGAAUAGCCAAAGAACUUACAACAACUCAACAAGGAAUUAGAGAAUGAAGUAAAAAAUAGGGAACUUGAAAACAUUGGAUCUUCUUCAAAAGAUAACCAACAUAGUAAGAAUGUGGAUUAAUAAUGGCAUUGAGUUAUCAACAACCUCAUUCAUGAAGAGACAACCUUUUAGAGGCAUGAUAAUGAUCUGCUGGAAACUCUGCUGUACAAAUUGCUUAGGAAAGAAUAUUAAAGAGAUGGUUUUAUUAAAGCAUUUGCCAUAGGUUGUUAGUAUUUGAUUACUGAGUAAAAAAACUCAGUCUUCCACUGGCAAUUCAGUAGGUAUUAAAUCUGCACGCUUGACUUUGAAUCCCACAAAUCCCCAGUUUCUUCUCACUUUACAAAGUUGCUGCCAUGAAUGACUUUGCAAGAUUAAUAUAUAAAAUAAAUUUACACUGGUCAGGAGGAAACCUUAUUUAGUACAACCUUCAACAAUGAUAAUUAUUCUCCAAUGUUGAGGUAUCAGCAUAGCAUGAAAUCUUGUGUUUAAAACUGUUUAGCAUCUUUGUUUCAUUUUUAAGGUGAGAUUGAGAGGUAAGAGUUACACAGCAGAUGUCAUCCUGUAUUUCUAACCAUGACUAAAUAUGUGUUUUUACAGUGUUAACCUUAAACCAUUGAAGGAUUGUUACUUUAUGAAGCAUUGCAAGUAUUCCAUUAAAGAAAGGCCUUUAUUGUCCUGUAAAGGCAUUGCGUUCAAUUCCACUGAAUGAGUGCUGUGCUGAUGUCAAGUGAGAAUCUACCUUGGUAUAGCCUCUAAUUCCCCUGUUAACUAAAGUAUUUUCACCUGGUUAAUCUUAAACCACUGAAGGUCAAAGGAGUGUUACUUUAUGAUAAAGGAAAAUCCUGUUGAGGCAUAGCAUGUAAUUCUACUGAAGGAGUUCUAACAACUGCCAUGGGAAAGUCCUGGAGAGACACAGCAUGCAAUUCUACUGAUGUAGUGCUGUAAGAUAAUAAGAUGAAAAUCCAGAAGAGGCAUAGUGUGUAGUCCACUGAAGAAGGGGCUUUGUGGUCCUGUGAAGGCAUGGGGUGUAAUUCCACUGAAGUAGUGCUAACUGAUGUCAGUUUAAAAUCCAGUAGUUAAAUAAUUUAAUUUAAUGUAAUUCUAUUGAAGAAAUGCUAUCUUAGCAAUAAUAAUGAAAAUUCUGCUUAGACUUUGAUUCUAUUAAAGAUUCUAAAAGAUAGUGAGAUGAAACCCCAGUAAUUCCACUGAAGUAGAGCUUACUAAUGUAAGUUGAUGAAAAUCUAGCAGUUAUAUAAUUUAUUAUAUAAUUUUAAUUAAAUUUGUACUGGUCAGGAGGAAAUCUCUUGGAGACAUAGCAUGUAAUUCCACUGAAAAAGUGGUAUCUUAGCAAUAAUAAUGAAAUUUUGCUUAGACUUUGAUUGUAUUAAAGAAUUUUAAAAAAUGGUCAGAUGAAACCCUAGUAGAAACAUAGUGGUGAUUAAGUGAAAAUCCCAGUGAAAACAGUUAAUGGUAAUGUUAAAAUCCUGCGGAGGCAUUGCAUAUAACUCCACUGAAGUAGUGCUUACUGAUGUCAGGUGAAAAUCUGGCAGUUUUAUAAUUUGAUUUAUAAUUUUAAUAAUAAUAAUUAAAUUUUGCAUAGACUUAGAUUUUAUUAAAGAAUUUAAAAAAAUGGUCAGAUGAAACCCAAGUAGAAGCAUAGUAGUGAUUAAGUGAAAAUCCCAAGGAAAACAGUUAAUGGUAAUGUUAAAAUCCUGCGGAGGCAUUGCAUAUAACUCCACUAAAGUAGUGCUUACUGAUGUCAGGUGAAAAUCUGGCAGUUAUAUAAUUUAAUUCAUAAUUUUAAUUAAACUUUUACUGGUCAGGAGGAAAUCUUAUGGAGACAUAGCAUGUAAUUCCACUGAAAAAGUGCUAUCUAAGCAAUAAUAAUGAAAUUUUGCAUAGACUUUGAUUUUAUUAAAGAAUUUUAAAAAUGGUCAGAUGAAACCCAAGUAGAAGCAUAGUGGUGAUUAAGUGAAAAUCCCACGGAAAACAGUUAUUAGAAAUGUGAAAAUCCUGUGGAGGCAUUGCGUGUAAUUCCACUGAAGUAGAGCUCACUGAUGUCAGUUGAUGAUAAUCUAGCAGUUAUAUAAUUUAUUAUAUAAUUUUAAUUUAAUUUUUACUGUUCAGGAGGAAAUCUUGUGGAGACAUAGCAUGUAAUUCCACUGAAAAAGUGGUAUCUUAGCAAUAAUAAUGAAAUUUUGCAUAGACUUUGAUUUUAUUAAAGAAUUUUGAAAGAUGGUCAGCUGAAACCCGAGGAGAAGUGAAAAUCCCAAGGAAAACAAUUAAUGGUAAUGUUAAAAUCCUGUGGAGGCAUUGCGUGUAACUCCACUGAAGUAGUGCUUACUGAUGUCAGGUGAAAAUCUAGCAGUCAUAUAGCCUGUAAUUCUAAGAACUAUUUUUGCAGGUCAACCAUUAUCCACUGAAGGAGGGUUACUUUAUUGUCAAGGCAAAAUAAUUCUGUAGAGGCAGAGCAUUAAUUCCAAUGAAUGAAAAUUGAUUUAUGGUCCAAUGAAAAUCUAGUAGAGACAUAGCAUAAAUAGUGUAAUGCCUGCAAAAAAGGUUACUGAUAGAUAUCAAGUCAUUAAUAAAAAUCUAGGAUUCCUCAAUUAUAAAACUGUUUUAUAACCCAAUCUCAGAGACAUUGAAAAUUAAUGGUGACAGUAUUGAGAUUUAACCUUGCCAACUCCUUCAGAAAAACCUCAUUCUAUUCUGUUGCUGAGAGGAUCUAGAAAAAGCUCUAUUCUGCUAACUCAGAGAAAAAUCACACAUCUGUGGAGACCAUCAAAUAUAUCUAUAAUUACAUAACUCUUGUGAAAUAAUCUAAAUGUCUAGUUCUUGUGAAAAAGGAAAAAAUUCUCAACCACAUUUUGUCUUGUUUCCCAAUCAUUUGAUGAAAUAACUAUAAAAAGUGAUAAUCCACAGAUGUCCAUAACCAUAUCAAAAGUUAUGUAGAAAUCCAGUUUUUUAUGUAAUUCCACUGAAAGAGUGCUACCUGUAUUAAUGAUAAGGGAACAAGAAAAGUUUGUUGAGGCUGCUGUAUGACAAGUGUUGUUUGCAAUUAAGUUGACCGGGCUAACUAUAUGUUUAAUGUGCUUAUGAUGCUACCUAAAUUCAGCCUUUAGAAAAUGUUGAAACAGAAGUUCAUAAGUUAUUCUUACUAUGGUACCAUCCACUAGAUUGUUAAUUAUUUAAUACAAGUAAAAGCUUGGACCUGAUUUUUCUAAAGGCACCACUAAAAUCUAUAAGGAUCAAAUAUUUUAUAACUGUUAUCUGUAAAAGUUUGCUUUUAUUUAACAAUUAAAAAUUUAAUCCUUUAACAAAACCCCAAAAAUUAUAAUUUGUGAAACUUCUCAUUUGUUUGUAGUACCUGUUUUACACCCCAAAACCAAGUGGUUGCUCAUCACUAAACAUUGAGUCAAAAGUUAUAAUAAAAAUCAUUUUCUUUGGCUUUUUUAAGAUGUUGUUUAAAUGUGAUCAAUGUGGCCUUUUGCUGCUUUCAACUUUCUAGUAAUUAGUAUUAAACAUCCUUUUCUCAUUGUGAUGGGCGUGUGAUAUUUUCUUGUGAUAAAUUCAAACUAUUAAUUUCAGA